AAUUCAAUUCAAAAGAUGAGAUCAGAUGCGACCAAAUAAACAGGCAAAUGUGAUGUCUCCUUGAUGUAUGAAAGUAUUCCAACUUGAUGCAUUAGAUGUCUAAAGAAAAAGAAUGAGAAUUCGUACUACUGCUUACUUUUAAAAAACAGGCAGGUCUUCUUCAGGAAACUGUUUAUCUUCGUUGCUCGGGUAAGCACCGUUUUUAAAGCUACGAUCAUAUUGUGCGGAAACAAAUAUGGAAGCGACAACAAAGAUUUUGCUGAUAACGGCCAAUAUCGGGUCGUUAUUCGAAGAGCCAUCCUUAGAAAAGAUUCAGUCAACUUGGUUUGCUGAGAUACUUAAGCUGGUUAAUAGUUGUCAGCCAGAACUCCUUGCAAUUCAUUGUCAAGAAGUUGGAGGGAAAAAGUCAGAAAACAAUAGAGAGCUGGUGCAUCAGUUUGUUAGGACAUUGUUCAACAAGGAUGAAUUGGCAGUUUAUACAGCAAGUAUUGCUUACUUGGAUGAAGAUUACAAGGCUGAAGACAAGUACACGGCUCUAGGAAGUUUCUAUUUUGUGCGAAAUGAUUUGGAUGCAUACCAGUGGCACUAUCAAGCAUGUCAAUUUAAGCCAGUGGUACGAGAGAAAGAGAUUACUCCUGUGCUAAAAAAUGUGGAAACUGUGCAGAAGCAAAAAUUCCCGUUAAACUGUUUCCCAAAAAGAAAAUGGUCACGAAAAGGAUUCAUGACAACCAGAUGGAAAAUUAAUGGAAGAAUUUUGGAACUGGUUAACAUACACCUUGUCCAUGAUGUGUCGAAUGUCAAGGCAAUACAAAAGUCUCCAUCCAAAUAUUCACACUAUCGAAGACUGUGUCUACAACACACCCUUGACCAAUUAAACAACAAUGAAACAGACCACCGUAUUCUUUUUGGCGACUUCAAUACGAGACUUGACACAAAGAUGUUUGUCGAGAACCAUCUCAAAGACUCGAAAGCUCAUUCAAUUCACAAUGAUGGUGAAAAGAAGCCCCACUCUGUCAUAUUCAAAGCAAUGGAUGAUCAUGAACAGGAACUGUUGCAUGUGUGUGCAAGAAAGUUCGAUUUGCAUCAUGGGGAAUAUUUUACAGACGAACACAUCAGCAAGCUGCUGAAGCUGGACAAAGAGCUUGAAUGGUGUCAGUCAGAGCUGAAGGAGCUCGAUAUCACCUUCCUACCUACGUAUCCACAUAACGAAGAUCCAAAAACCGAUGCUGUUUAUUCAGACACAAGGUGCCCUGCUUGGUGUGAUCGGGUCCUGUUUGAUGAAAAAACCCAGAAGGAACUAACAAAGGAAUCGUUAUCAGUGCGGUAUGACUGUAUUGGGCAAGAGGUUUGCAUCGGCGAUCACAAGCCUGUUUAUCUGUCUUUUAUUCUUCAACCUCAACAAGUGAAUUCAGCAACUGAUGCUGGCGACGGGAACUGAUUUCAUGGCAAAGAAGCUAAGUUGCUUAAAACUCAUUUUAAAGCCUUUUAAACAUAUAUGCCUAUCAUGAACGUGUUAUCUUAGAUCUUGUAUUUAUAAAAUGAUCGUUUAAUUUAAGUGUUAGAAAUAGUAGUAGUAGUAGGUUAUGUAAGUAUCAAAUCAAUAACAGUCCUGCAUUUUUCAACUAGUUGGAAAAAAGAACGUGUUGACUAGAAUAUUUCACUUGCUGAUUAUUGACAUUAGUUUAUUUGCCUAAGAGAAGGCAGUUGGGGCCCAUUUUCAAGGCAGUAUUCUUUCUGCUUUAGGGUAGUAGUCUCUCUAUAUUCCCCUUUUUAAACAGAAUGUUCAGAAUUCAUACCUCUUUAGGCCUCUCAAAGGUAUAGAUGCAGUCAGGAGUCACCAGCUCGCUCGAUAGGGAGUUCAAGCAAUAGAAAAUAUUAGGAACAAAGAAAACGAAUUGAAAAAAAUAAAAACGAUAGAAAUCGUGACAUCACAAAAUGCAUGAUGAUGGCGUGAUUGAAAUUAGUGGACCUGAUUUUCGUCAUUUCGAAUCAGGUGGACUUCAAAGCGUCCAUUCUGUUUUUGAUCCCUUUUUUGACUGUAAGUACUCUAGAUUUGCAUGGGUCAUGUUUAAACCAUAGUUGGUUAAGGUAAUUACCGAAAAGUGGCUUUUGUAGCAUCCCUUCCUAUCACGUUUCUGUCAAACGUCUCGUGUCUCAAUGAGGGUUGUGUAGCAGAUUUGUGGAUGAAAGCCUACAGAUUGAGACCUUAUUCGCCCGAAUCUUUUCCUGUUUGAGAAGGAUAAACAUUAGUGGUGGUCCUUAAACUGUUUUGAUUUCAAGUCAGGAUAUCCUCAUUAGCAUUUUAUCAAAUUUAUGUGCCACGUACAGUUGUAGCUUUUUGUCUUAAUUAAUUGAUUUACCGAAAAAGAAAAAUACUUGCAUUGUGUCAGAGAGUUAUGAGAAAAUGGGGAAGCCGUUAAACGAACUUUGCCUUGACUAAGAACGAAAGGCUUCUUGUAUCGACUAUUAGUUCUUGUGGAUGUGCAACUCCUAAGGGUAAAGACAUCAUACUAUGACGUCAUUGCAAGCAGGAUAUCACUGCUUUUCCCAAAGCGUUGGAUGACGUCCAUCAUUCAAUUUUUCUCUUUAUAUCGCUGUUCUUUGUUAACAAUAGGGCUAGUCCCGUGAUAAACACCUAAGCUGAGCACGGAGAAACUAGAAAGCACAUACAUCUUGCAAUAUAAUCAAAGUACUAUUAAAAUGGCUAUUGGCAUUUUGUUAUUGAGAGCACAUGUGGCCCGGUUCGAGUGCAAAUUAAUUAGCUUCAAGUAAUAAACACACAAAACACGACAUAGUUUUUAAACGCAAACCUUUAUAAAAAGAUUUCAUGCCUAUGCAUGAGAGACCUAUUUCAUGCCAAAAUGUCUCCCAGAAAUCCCCAUUUUAAAGACAUCUACACCCAGCAAUCUUUUAGAACUGCCGUAAAUCCUCGAAUAAGCCCCCGGGGGCUUAUUUGUAAGAAUCAAUUUUUGGAUGGGGGCUUAUUCAAGGGGGGGGGGUCUUAUUUCAAAGUUAAACAUUUUCCUCAAAUGUCGACAUAAAAACGUCAUAAUUUUAUCAAUGAAAUAAAUUGAAAAAUUACAAAAAGUGUGAAAAUCUAACAAAUAUUAUAAUUUUUUUUAUCAUCACAAAGGUCGCUUUUUUGCUCUUUGUUCUCCAGUCAAAGGAAGUUAUACUGUAUAGCUAUUGUCCUGUGGGGGGCUUUCUUGGAAUCAGAUAUUAUUCUGCAACUAUGCUUCCCUCGAAUAAGCCCCCAUUGGAGGGGGUGCUUAUUUGCAAAAAUGAUGUUUUAGGUGGGGGCUUAUUCGAAGGGGGGGGGGCUUAUUCGAGGAUUUACGGUAUUUUAAAAACAUUUUUGAGAAUGAUUCAAGCAUAUGAACAAAAUAAUUUUAAUUUUCAUGGGUUUUAUUUUAGCAUUAUGUAUUUUUUGUUUGCUUGAUUUUUUAAUCUCUUUAUAAACUUAAGCAUUGGACCAUGGCUGGACCAAGAUCUCAAUUAUAUUUAUCUAUGAUGUAUAAUAAGUAUUCUUUCUUUGAAAACGGUUAUAAAUUACUGGGACUGAAAAUUAUUUCUUUUUUACUAGUGUGGUUAGCAUUAUGAGCAAAAAUCUUAACAAUUUUAUCGAUGUACCCUUCUUAAACAGUUUAGUAUAAAUUAUUAGUGUAAGCAUGUACAACUAUUCACAGGUAGUCCAGUUACACCUAAAUUCUGUGAUGCUCUUUCUCAUUUUAGUCUGCAAAUAAACACACUAAAAUAUGUACUACAGCUUCAGCACUGCGUGAUAUAUUUGUCUGCUUUACGUUGCCAUUAUCCCAAAAAACUCAAAAUGCUUUAAACACCCUAUAAAUUUGCUUUGAUAUAAAUGUAAUAAUUUGGCCAGCUAUUACUUUUCUCAUUUAUUUUCUUUCAAAACGACCGAAUCGUCUGAAAAAGUCAGGAUGUUCUGCUCUGCUGUUGGCAACUUCUAGAAGCCACAAUCAAGACCACACCCAUGAUCACAUCCUAGUAACCGGAUCUAAAACUUCAAUAGAAAUUGAUCACUUCUGGAAUACCAAAUGAAGAGUUGGUUCGCUUUGCCAAGAAAGGAAUUCCUCCAACCAAACAUAUACUGGCUUGUUAAGGGGGUUGAGUUCCCCCCCCCCGCGCUCAAAAUCAUAUAAAAUCUACUGGUGUGGGGUUUAGUAGCCACAGGAGGAGACCAAAGAUGCAACGUAACCAUCGGGCGUUCUCCCAAUUCAUCCGACCAGUCGUUUUGCCGCUCGGCCUAGCAUUACAUAUAUGCACACGUUGAAAGUGGAGUGACACCCCCCCCCCCCUUUACUUUAAAUAGGUACUUUACCUCUUUUUCUCAAAGUAGGGGCACUUGCUCCCUGAACCCCCGGCUCUUCUGCAUGUAUAUACACAGGAUUGAAAAUCUUUGAAUAGAAGCAGGGGGCACUACAAGAACAUUCUCCGAAAAUGUUUGCAAAAAAUAAUCGAAAACUACUACUUCCCGGCAUUAGCAAGAGGUUCCAGACCCCAUAAGCCCCCUAUUUUACAGCUUAACAACCACAGCAGCCCUCAGAACACUACUAGUUAUUGUCUAUGUGGAUGUUUAACGUUACCAAAUUUAACAGUUGACUCUCAAUACUCUUUGAUAAAAACAUUUUAAGCAAAUCAAAUUUCAAAGAACUUUUUGAUAAGAAAACCUUCAGCCGAAGGUCACCCUUUUUGACGAAUCCAAAGCAUAACUGAUUUAAUUGUUUGUAAAAUUCCUUCAUUUUGCAAAACUGAAUAAUAUCAAUAACCAACUCGAAUUUCUUUGCACCUCUCCAAUUAUUGAUUGCUUUUCUCAAACAAGGCUCGAGUUUCAUUGAUAAUAAUUCUUAACAAUGAACAAUGAACUAUCGGCAACUUAAAGAAACAAGAAAUUGAGCCGAAGAAAAAUCAUGUUUAGAUAAAGAGUUUCGAGUGAGCUUUAAGGGUAUGAUUAAUAAAUCUGGAGGUCUAAAAGUUUUAGAACUUCAAUGGUGAAUCAGAUGAAACUGUUAUUUGAAAUACCUUUAAAUAUCAGAGCUAUGGUGUGAAAUUGUACUUCUUUUCUUUUCUUUAACCCGGAAGGAAAAUCUAAAAAAUUAUUUGACAUAUAAAUUUCGUUUCUCUUUCGAUAUCU